AUGGAGGUUAGAAAUGAAGUUGUAAACUGUCAAUGGUCUAACUAUGGGCCCUGGAGUGAAUGUUCCAGAUCCUGUAAUAAAGGAACACAGGUGCGAACCCGGGGUGUACUACGAGCUGCCUCUGUUGGGGGUAAACCCUGCAGUGGGGGGAACAGACAAAGACGGGCUUGCAAUGAGAUCUCUUGCAAUGCACUUAUAUCCAGAGAACCUACACUAACCACAACAACCACAACCACCACCACUACAACAACAACAGCAACAACCACCAUAGAAACAACAACAACCACCAUAGAAUUAACAACAUUUGAUGAUAUUCUGGAAAUUCUCCAAACAACAACAACCGAUCGACCGCGAAAUAACCGACUAGAGACGGUUCCUCCGACCAGGAAAAAUCCGUCCCGGGUCCAAUGUUUCACCUGCGGAAGCUUGUACAGUACUGAUGCUCCGUCCUGUCCCGUCUUUGACCCAACAGACCCGUCUCAGAGUAAGGAAUGUGAUGUCGGUGAAGCAUGUCUUUACUACUCCUGGAGAACGUCAGACACGGAUACAGCUGUUAUACGCGAAUGUUUCCCUACCAGUAUUCUGCUGGGUAGUAUAGAUAACCCUGUAGAUCCAACUCCAAUCUGUUCUCCGGAACCUGUAGAAUCAGACACUAUCCUAGCCUGUAUCUGUACCUCAGAUCUAUGUAAUAUCCUACCCGGAGAACCUAAAACUGCUCCAGUCCAGUCUAUCCAGACCACCACUAGAGCUCCUGUAACUGCACCACCUAGGAUUGAAACUGCCCGACCUCCUACACAGCCACCUACCCAACCACCUACUCAACCCCCUACCCGACCAUCUAGUCGGGGUUCAUCAUCAACCCAAGUAGAACGAAGACCAGAUACUUCUCCAGUUAGAAGUCGAUCAGAUCGAGUUAAGUGUCAUAAAUGUGGAUCCUUGUUUUCUACGUCAUCCAACCCAACUUGUGAGGAGUUUGUUGAAGCUGACCCAUCCCAGCAAGGUUACUGUGAGCCCGGUGAGGCCUGUCUAUGGUAUUCCUGGCAGAAAUCAGAAAACGAUAUUGCGCAUAUCAGGGAAUGUUUCUCAACUUCUAUUCUACUGGGUUCUAUAGAGAAUCCACUUUUACCAGAAACUACUUGUAGUCCUACAGAUAUCUCAGAGAGCUCAUUAUCAAAGAUAUCAGCCUGUCUGUGUGAAUCCGACCUCUGUAACUCUUACAGGGGACCAGAUGAGAAUUCUUCUCCUAGGCCUAACCCUAGUCCUGCUCAAUCUCAACCUAGCUCCGUUCAAUCCCAACCUCCUCCUGAAAGACCCCAACCGAGCAGAAAUCCUGUUCCUGAACGACCCCAGGCUAGCCCUCUUCGACAAGAACCAGUUAAGCAGGAAGUUCCUCGGACGAUCUCUACCCCUCCUAAAACUGAGCCAAAUCGUCCUUUCCCCGAUCGUCUAGAGACGAACCGACUCCAGGUGGCAACAGAUACUGCUAAACAACAGCAGGUUUUCCACCCUGACAAACCAGGGUUACAAUGCUACUCAUGUGGAUCCUUACUUAAUCCAAACAAGAAGUGUGACAGUUUUGACCGGCGUGCUAGCUCCCAGGUUCAAACCUGUUUAAAGGAUGAAGCCUGCUUGAUGUAUUCAUGGAAGAAAUCUGCAGAUGAAAUAGCAACACUACGUGAAUGCUUCCCAACGCGUGUCCUUCUUGGUUCUAUAACAGAUCCUCUUGUGCCUUUCAACACCUGCCAACAGCGGGAUAUAACAGAUGACAGCUCAGGAUCCAUCUACGCCUGUCUGUGCAACACCGACUUCUGCAACGACGAUGACAGCACACCGUUCGGACCGCUAGAGGGCGGGUUGGGUCAAACUGGCGGGUUGACCGGGGUAGCCGGGGGGUCACAGGAUACUAUAACAAGAACUACUACAACAAGACGACCUGCUCUUCCUCCUCCAACCACCAGAGCUCCAGCUCGAGAAACAACUACUAGACCUCCAUUAAUCAACCCUCCAUCCAGACUAGUACUUAGUAAGUUUAUCAAUAGAAAUAUCAGACUAGUAUUUAGUAAGUUUAUCACAUGGAAGAUCAGACUAUUAUUCACUCAGUUUAUCACUAGAAAUAUCAGACUAGUAUUUAAGAAGCUCGUGCCCAUGUUUACACUGAUAAUCCUUGGGGAAAUUAGUGAUAAAGAGGAGAAGGAGGAAACGGAUGAGAAGAAGGAAACGGAGAAAACAGAGUAG